AUAGUUGAUCACAGUUCAGUGUUCAUUUCAGUUUUCUGAUUUUGGUUUGUCAGGAAUUUAGACGAAGUACGGGGAAAUUACUUCGUAACAUACAAAUCAGAAAUCGACUUUAGACUUCAGAAUGAAUACUAAUAAGGAUUGUGCUUCUUGUGGUGAAAUUGUAUAUCCUUUCGAAGUGAUUAGGUGUUUUGAUCAGCAAUGGCACAGAAAGUGUUUUCGUUGCCAACACUGCGGAAUGGCGUUGAGUGUAUCCAACUAUCAUGGAUAUGAUAAGAAGCCAUAUUGUACAGCACACAAUCCGAAACCAACUACGUUCACUUCUGUCUAUGAUACACCAGAACUAUUGAGAGCAACAAAUAACACAAAAAUGUUUAGCAGUGUUAGAUAUAAUGCAGAUGCACAGCGUAUGAGAGGUCAAAUCACUUCAUUUCCAGAUGAUUUGUGGACCCAGCAUACUCUCCGUCUAUCGAAGCAAUACAGUGAGUGGGCUAAUAAUAUUCGUUCAGGAAGAAGUUCUGGAUUCGAUGAACGCUAUUCACCACAACCUUAUAGACGUUAUGAGUCACGCACUGGUUCAGCACCAUAUAAUAGUCAUUGUGGGUCAUCAGUUACACCUCCACCUGCUAGACUUGGACUAAAUAAUCAUUGCACGUCGCCACACACAUUUUCAAAUUCAACAGGCAUACGCCGUAGAUCAUCAUCAGCUCAUAAUGGAUGUCCAUUAUACAUUGACUCAAUACAUCAUCACCAUCAUUAUGAUCAGGCAAUUUCAUCACCGACAAGUCAAAAUGGACUUAGUCGUGCUGGAUCUUGUCAUUCGAUUACGAUAAAUACUCAAGCUUCACCAGCUGUGAACAAUAAUGCUGUGGUGAAUAACACUUACAAUGGUGGCUCUUCAGAAACUAUCAAUUUACCUCGGGGUUCAACACUUAAUCUAAACUUCCAUAACAAUGCACCGCAUAUACAUAACAACUCAGGUUUUGGUGGGACAUUUAUCGCCCAGUACAGCUAUGAAGCCAAAGACGAUGAUGAAGUGAGCUUUAAGCCAGGCGAUGUUAUCGUGAAUGGUGAACCCAUCUCAGAGGGUUGGAUGUAUGGUACUGUCCAGCGAACUGGACAAUUCGGUAUGCUUCCAUCAAAUUAUGUUAAACUUCGUCGUUAAAAAAAAAAGCAAACAACAUUAGUACUAUGAAUAUUUUAUUCUUAAUUUCAAUCUUGAAAUGUCAAAAGUAGCAAUCUAUUUUGAAUCUCAAAAAAAAAAACAUUCAUUGAUCAAUAUUUGUUACCUCUUUAUUUAUGCAUAUCACAAUAAAUAAUAUUAUAAUGUUUAAACAAAUUGUUUGAAUCUCUCUUCAGUUUCACUUUCGAAAUAGGAAUUUUUAAACAAUGAGUAUUUCACUUUGAUAUAUAUAAUGAUAUAUAUAUAUAUGCUCAAGGUUUAAAGAAGGGGAUAUAUUCACCAUUUGGAGAGAUUUUCAAAAUAAUACGCCACUGGGUUGUGACACAACAAAACAACUGUGAUUAUAACUAGUUACUUUUCCCUACUUUCUUUAUGAACAGAUAUAAUUAUCCUUUAUCUAAGAAUCACAUAAUAUAUGCGCACAUAUCACUUUACUUUUUAUCUUCCUACAGAAUAUUAUCGUUAUUUUCACCGUCUCCCUAACCAAUUCUAUAUAUCGAACUAAAACACGCAUAUUUCUUUAUAGUCUUUUUUUAUUAUUUUAAUCUAUGAAUACCUUAUUGUAUUUCUAUUUGGCUUAUCAUUCACAGACUGAAUCAAGAUCUCUUCCUCCUUUCUGUUUUCAUAAAAUGAUUGUUAAAUUGAUUUUCUUUUUAAUAUCAGCUUUUCUUAUGAAUACUUUCAUUAUUAUUAAUGUUAUUAUUAUUAUUACUAUUUUACACAUAAAGGUAUAUACAUUUUGUUUGUCUUUUGUUUAUUCGUUUUGUUUUAUUGAUUGCUUGUCGCACUUUCUCACUAUACACUAUACACUAAUAAAUAAUAAGUCAUUCUUCAAUGAGUCAAAAUUCAACAUCUGCCUAUAACACACGCAUAUACCCUUUAAUACACAUGCUGUUGUAUGGAAUAUAUGAUUUAAAUACCUUAUUUUAUAGCAG